AUGUCGAAAAAUCCAGACUUUUUGUCAUUUUUGCAUAAUCCAUUCGAUAUCAAUUCAUAUCCAAUAACCAACCCUCCUAUAUUUGAUUCUACGAUGUUGUUACCUAUAACUCCCGACGGAAUACCUAGAAGAAGAAGAAUAUCUAUUUCAAAUGGUCAAAUUGGCCAGAUUGUUAACCACGAGGCAUAUUUUGAAGCAAUUGCAGUUGCCCCUCCACAACAACUGAUGCAAAAUCAAAUGCAAGUAAUUCCUCCUCCAGCACAGGUGCCAGCACAACAGGAACAAAGCAAAACUCAAUUUGCUGGUGUACCUCCACCAAACCACCAAUUAAUUUAUAAUAAUGAAGUAAUAUUUAAUCCUAACAAUGGGCCAAUCCCAGGCACAGCCGCUUGGAAAAAGGAAAGAUUAUUGGAAAGAAAUAGAAUCGCCGCAUCGAAAUGUCGACAACGUAAAAAGCAAGCCCAAAUGGAAUUACAGAAUAAUAUUGAUAAAUUAGAAGCCGAGUUAAAGGAUCGAGAUUUAAAGAUUCAAAAACUACAAGCAACAUUGAAAAUAUAUAAUAAAGUUUUAUUAAGCCAUUUUGAGAAUGGUGAUGACAUAUCGGAAUUAAAGCAAGUUAUUGAGCAAAGUCAAUCAUUGUUAAAUUAG